UAUAGCUGCCCUCACACGCCACACUGCCGCACCCACCCAAGCUAACAUAUAUUCAUCAGCCAAUAUAUACACAUUACACAAUAUUCUUGGAUCGGAAAAGAAAGAUGAUGAUGAUGAGAAGGAGGAGCUUACUUGCCUGCAGCUUUCUCCUACUGCUGCUGGCUCUCCUUCUGAUCACCUCCUCCGCCUUUGAUUCCGCGGUGGCACAAUCAGGUUAUUGUUCUGGGAAGUGCAGCGGUCGAUGCGCCAAGGCUGGGGUGAAGGACAGGUGCAUAAAGUACUGCGAACUGUGCUGUGCCAAAUGCAAGUGUGUGCCGUCUGGGACUUACGGCAACAAGCACCAGUGCCCUUGUUACAGAGACUUGAAGAACUCCAAGGGCAAACCAAAAUGCCCCUAAUAUUACUAUCAUCCUUAGCUUCUCUAUCUUCUCUUCUCAUUUCAUAUAUGUUCCAAUUCCGCCCGCCCUACUAUUUCUUUCUUUCUCAUUUCUCAUGCCAAAUAAUUAAGCUUUGGAUUUAAUUAUUCUCUUUUACGUACUACUUCAAUUCGAUCUGCUAGGAUUUCUUAUUAGCUUGAUUAUAUUGCAUUAUAUUGUACUGAUCGAUCGAGUUAGUAGUUGUACGUUGUUGUCUAUUCUUCUGUACGUGCGUGGGAUGUUAAUUAUGAACUUAUUAAUAAUUUUCCAUAUACCUUAGCUUGGGA